AUGAAUGUUAGUACAUCAACUAGCUUGUUAGUCAGUGGAACUCCCAGUAUGAUGCCAUAUCGUUUCCCAUAUAUAUGUCCUAUGUUCCUAAACCGAUUAGUCAUUUUUCGAACCAACAACAGUCACGACUUCAGUAUGGCCAACUCGGCAAUCAGCGAUAAAUACAUGAAGCACGUUAAGCAGCUAACACGCCAAUGCAAUUGUCAAAACAACCACAUCGUAUGUCACCACCGCAGUUCCAUUGGGGCCACCGCCAUUCAAAAAACCAAGAUACUUGAGGAGACGGAAAUCGGACGAUGCAAAUGUCUUGCUAUUGAGCCGACAAUUCCACCACCGCAGCCUGAAACAUACACCGGACAUCUCGCUGUGCUUCGCAACCCAACUCAUAAAGAAUGGACAUCGAGGCCGCAUCGAUAUCUUUCACCUACGCUGUGUAAUAUCUCCCCCUAUUAUGUGAAGCGAUUUGUUGAACCUACAGUUCGGGAAACACUCCUUGAUGGAGAAUGGCCGGGGAGACAUGAAUUUACGAUGGCGGUGGCGCAGAAAGAGGAGAUGAGGGUGGUGCAUAAUAGUAGAGUGACGUAUAGGGAGGAAAAAAGAAAAUAUGUCGAUAAAGUAGAAGCACAGAGGAAGAAAACACAUGAAUUCGAACAACAGGUUGAGAUUUUGAUGACGAGGAUUCAAGAAAUUCGAUGGAAGAGAGAGAAGGAAGAGGAAUUGUGUGAGUUUCUUGAGAAUCUUGUCGGUGUUAAGGAAUGUGAGGAACAGCAACGAGAAUUUGAGGAACAGAAGAGGGAGUUUUUGGCGAGAAGGGAGAAGUUGAAACGGGGGAGUGAAUACUGCAUUCGGAGGUUAUUGGAUGGGUUUAGAUUGGCGGAGAGACAUGAAGAUUGUCAGUUGGUUGAGAAUAUUGCGUGGAGUGGUGAGCUGGUUUUGAGGGAUUUGGGGGAGUAUUUGGAAGAGCAGGAUGAGAAGGAGUGGAGGGAUCGGGAGAGGAAAAGAGAGGAAGGGAGGGAGAAACAGAAGAGAGAGAAAGGGGAGGUGGGGUGGGAGAAGAAUGCUUAG